AUGUUUCAGUACGCUUCAGUUUACGGAAUAGCUAAAGUGAAUAAUGUGGAGGUAGGUCUCUAUGUUGAUAGUGAACUUUAUAAGAUAUUUGAAUUGAUACCACCGACACUUACUGACAGAAAGAUCUAUUUAAAGGCUCGGCGUUUCAUUGGAAGUACUAAAGAUUGUGCUUAUGACGUCAGAAAUGUUCACAUUCCCAGAGAUAGGGAUAUUGUACAUUUAUCUUUUCUACAAUCAUGGAAAUAUUUUGCGGAAGUUGAAUACGACAUAAGAAAACAGUUUGUUUUUAGAAAAGAAAUAAUGAAUUUAGCAGAGAAAUUGAUCGAGAAGACAAUAGUACGAACUCAGUUGUCAAUCAGCGUCAAAGUGACGCUUGUUGGAGUUCACGUAAGAAGAGGAGAUUACCUUGACAAAGAAAAACAACAUUAUGGCUACCGUGUUGCCGACACAGACUAUUUUCACAGAACUAUGAGUUUCUUUCGUUCUAAAUAUGAAAAUGUUUUAUUUAUGAUUUUCACAAAUCCUGUCGAUGAAGACAUGACGUGGUGUAAAUCAAAUCUGAACGGAAAUGACGUCGUCUAUAUGUUCGGAAACUCUCGGGGAGUUGAUCUCUGCAUUUUGACGUUGUGUGAUCACGUGAUUACAAGUGUGGGGACGUUCGGAUGGUGGGCCGCAUUUUUAAACAACGGAACGAAAACUUACUUCCGUGAUUUUGUAAAAUCCGGUUCGGAUUUUGAACAAUGUUUUAAAGAUAAUGGGUAUGAUUACUUUUAUCCCGGAUGGCUUGGGUUCUAAUAUUAGCGUUUAUCUAUAGAUAAUGGGUAUGAUUACUUUUAUCCCGGAUGGCCAGGGUUCUAAUAUUAGCGUUUAUCCAUAACUUCCGGCAUUUGUGCGUUGCUAUCUUGUGUGAAGGAAAACUAUGAAGUUUAUAUAGUAUUCCUUCACACAAGGUAGCAACGUAAAAAUGCUACGUCAUCAAACAUAAUAGAAACUACUGAAACAAGACGGUAUCACUGGGUACUAGAAGUGUGAUCUGGUCACGGAGUGGAUAAUGUUCUCACCUCUCACCGAGACGGUAUCACUGGAGACUAGAAGUGUGAUCGAGUCACGGAGUGGAUAAGGUACCCAUAUUGUUCAGUUUUGACAGGCUCUUCAAACAGCCGCUACAUGAUGUCGAGAAUUCCAAUAAAUCAAUUAACAAAUAAACAAAAAUAGUGUCAUUAAAAGAGUUAUUAUGUUUGAUAUGGCGUUUAUAACAUCAAUUGUAAGAUUUGUACAGUACGACACCGAAACUUUUCUCACAACUGUAAACAUUGCGUACCAGGAUAUCACAAGUACAUAGCUGUGACGCGGCCUCGAAUUCAAACCGUAGACGUACUGGACGGCGAGAAAAUCUAAUUAUCAACUUCAAGUGCUUAACUUAUGUUCUGCUUUGAUAAGUUAUAAUAAAACGCAUUGUUCAAAUAUAGAAAUAUGACUUCAUGAUCGACUAUGGCACAACAUCAACAUCGACAGCAGUCAAGUCGUGUAAGAAAUAUGCAGUAUUCCUAACACAGGUACCCGCAAAUGCAGUGAAUCAAAUCGGUAUUUGAUUUAAUUGAUUUUAAUUAA